AUUAAUCACAACAACAACAACAACAACAACAUCGAGAGACUCACAGCGACCGGUCACUCAAUGUUUGGUCAUUUGAACACAGGAGGUCUUGGUCAAGCACAAAAUUAAUAUAAGUAAGCAUUUUCACGAUAGGUGAAGCAUGGCUGAUGAGGAGGAUCAAUUGUUUACCGUCGAAGACUACGAAAAACAGGCACGUAAAAUAUUGCCUCCCGCCUGCAUGCUAUACUACAGCUCCGGGCGAGAUCGAGGGUGGUGCCUCAAAGAAAGCACAGAGGCAUUUUCAAGGUAUCGAAUCCGAAACCGUGUUCUUCAAGGGAUAUCCCAUCGGAGCCUCUCAACGACUGUUCUUGGAGAGCAGAUCCAGUACCCUAUUGGUAUUGCACCUACGGCUGUUCAUGCUGCAGCCCAUCCCGAUGCUGAAGCAGAAACCGCCAGAGGUGCAGCAGCAGCAGAUACUCUCAUGGUCCUCUCCGUCGAUUCCCAUACAGCCAUUGCUGAUGUUUCGGCAGCGGCUCCAGGUGGCCUCCGUUGGAUGCAGACAUAUCUCUUCAAAGAUCGUUUACUGACACAGCACGUCGUACGUGAGGCUGAGAGGGCGGGCUUUAAAGCUCUCGUGAUUACGGUUGACUCGCCUGUUUCCGGUCUUGACUCAAAAGUCAGAGCAGCUCUGAAUAAGGACGCAGCCAUUUUCGCAUUUCGCAUGAGUAAUUUUGAGGCAGACAUUCCUUCUUCAAGAGCAGCCAAAGCAGAAGGAGACACAAGAUAUGUAAAAUAUGUACAUCAGAUGCAGUAUAAUGACUCGGCUACUUGGGAGGACAUCAGAUGGAUAAAAUCAAUAACAAAUCUUCCAAUUGUCUGUAAGGGAAUUGUGUCUGCUGACUCGGCAAGGGAAGCAGCGGACGCAGGGGUUGAUGGGAUACUGGUGUCAGCUCAUGGUGGAAGACAAUCAGAUGUUGCUCCUGCUCCAAUCGAUGCAUUGGCCGAGGUAGUAGAUGCAGUCCGUGGUCGAGGGAUAGAGGUAUACAUGGAUGGAGGAAUAAGGACAGGAACAGAUGUCUUCAAGGCUCUUGGGAGGGGUGCAAGAGCUGUGUUUGUAGGAAGACCUAUAUUGUGGGGACUAGCUUGCCAGGGUUCCAAAGGUGUUUCAAAUAUUUUGGAAAUUCUCAGGAGCGAACUAGACAAUGCCUUAGCAAACAGUGGUUGUACGAGUCCUGAUUGCAUCCCAUCUGAUAUGGUUGUCCAUGAAUCAUAUUAUCAUCGGAAUCCCCCAAAGAGCAAGAUGUAGUUUGGCGGAAGGCAGCCAGUUUGUCACUUCACCGCUUUUGUCUCUCCAAUUGAGUAACUCUGGUUCUAUAUAUUAUGUCCAGCCAGUCUGUCCCUAUAGCAUUUGGGUAAUAAUUAAUAGCGUAGCUACUGUUAAGCGGUAUGCACCCCUUAUUUGAAUGCGGGAAAAAAAGAUAAAGAAAAGGGCUAGGUGUAAAAUGUCGGAGGUUUAUAAAAAUUUCGGGGUAAAAAUCAUACUAUCUCAGCACUUGAUCACACAAAAUGUAGAGACGUGAGCUACUGGGCUAGUCUAUUAUAUUCCCUUCUUCCAUAUCAUAAUUGUAUAUUCUAUAAAUGACUGUGUUUUGUACUUCGUCAGAGGUAAAAAAAAAUGUCGGGGUAAAAAUCAGUGCCGUCAUUAUUUCUCAGCACUUGAUCACACAAAAUGUAGAGACGUGAGCUACUGGGCUAGUCUAUUAUAUUCCCUUCUUCCAUAUCAUAAUUGUAUAUUCUAUAAAUGACUGUGUUUUGUACUUCGUCAGGGGUAAAAAUGUCAGAGGUAAAACAAAAUGUCGGGGUAAAAAUCAGUGCCGUCAUUAUUUCUCAGCACUUUAUCACACAAAAUGUAGAGACUUUAGCUAAUAGGCUGGUCUAUUAUAUUCCCUUCUUCCAUUUCAUAAUUGUAUAUUCUAUAAAUGACUGUGUUUUGUACUUCGUCAGGGGUGAAAAUGUCAGAGGUAAAACAAAAUGUCGGGGUAAAAAUCAGUGCCGUCAUUAUUUCUCAGCACUUUAUCACACAAAAUGUAGAGACUUUAGCUAAUAGGCUAGUCUAUUAUAUUCCCUUCUUCCAUAUCAUAAUUGUAUAUUCUAAAACUGACUGUGUAUUGUACUUCGUCAGCGGUGACUUCUUAUAUGUAAAAUGCAAUGUGGGAAAUAAAUUUGAAACUUAUAUCUUGUGAUCAGGUUUGCAUAUAUGAAUUUAUAAGAAAUUUCGAUUUUUUUUAAUUUGUUGAUGUUUUAAUGUUUAUUUGAUUUUGGGGAAGUAAGUAGAUAGAAUAUUAAGAUUGAAUGAGAUAAAAACAGAGAGUCAGUUAUAAAGAUCGCACAGAAAUUCCUCAAAUUCAGUCAUCAAACCCAUCUUCAUGUUCAUCCCAGCAAAGACUAUUAUGACAAGAAAACAUUAAGAGAAAGACACGGA